GAAGGGACAGAAUGCUGGAAGCGCUGUGGCAGUACUUCCACAAGCUGGACGGGAACGUGUGCCUGCAAUGGACUGUUCCCCAUCCGGCUAGACCCAACAACCAGUUUGUACAGUUCAUGAAUCAAGAUUAUGUUGGUCAGUCCAAAGGAAGAUGCAGCACGGCAGGGUUCGACAAGAACGAGCUCAAAUUCUCUGCUUAUGUGAAGCAGCCAAACCCCUUUCAACCUAAGGAAGAGCAAGAUCCUGAGGUACAUUUAGCAUAGAAUAAACAAAGAAUAUACAG